GUUUCUAGCGUCCCCUUCUUCCUUCUUCCCCGAGCCGCGUCAAAGGAACCAAACCUGUGAGAGCUCCCCUCUCCCCUCCCCUCCCCUCCCACCCUUCCCUUCCUCUCUCCUCGUCGAUUCCUCGCACUAUCUCCUAUUCUGCACCCCCAGCCGCCGGCACCGACGGCGAUUCCACGGGGCGCCGCCCCCGAAUCUGCGCCCUCCGCGCUUAGAUCUCCCCCCUCCGCGCUUCCGGAUGUCAUGAUCCGCCCCCAUUUGCCCAAGGACCCGGCCUUCCCGCGCACCAAUGGGUCCUUGGACGGCGGGGCCCGCGGCCUCGGCGAGAUCGAGGAGGUGGGCGCUGCGGCCACCGUAGCCGUCGAACAGUCCCCCUCGCAGUCCUCGUCCCCGUCGGCGUCGUCGCCGGCGGCGGCGAUGUCAUCGUGCGGGCAGUACAUGCUACACCGGGUGCGCAAGCUGGACACCCUAGCGGGCGUCGCCAUCAAGUAUGGUGUCGAGGUAGCCGACAUUAAGAGGCUGAACGGCCUCUCAACUGAUCUCCAGAUGUUUGCACACAAGACACUGCGGAUUCCACUCCCAGGGAGGCACCCUCCGUCGUCUUACCAGCAGAAUGGUUCAUAUGAGAGUGACGACAGGGAAUGUACUCCACGUCGCAUUCAUGAUGAUAUCUUGGAAUCAAUAUUGAAAACACCAAAUUCCAAAGUUUCGCCAGCUAUGAGUCUUCUGCAGGGAUACUAUGGCCUUGAACCACCUCCAAAGAGAGAUCAAACAAGUGAGGGCACUGAGAUGGCAGUUCACAGUAAAGGCAAAUCUGCUUUUUUGGAUGUUGAGCCGUGGCUGGAGCCACCAAAUUCCGACCCCUUCCCUCUUCAGAAUAGGAAAAACAGAAGCUUGAUGAUAGGUUCUUUUCUUGAUGGUGGUACUGAUGAGAACGGUGACAGUGAAAGGUUCAUAAGACGGCGCCAGAAAGCUGAUGGUGAGCUGUUACCGAGGGAGGAAAAUGGUGGUGACUUUCUGGCAAGCGUUGGAAAAGGCUUGGCUCUGAGGCCAAAGUCUAGCAAUCGACCAGACAUGAACAAGAGCCAGCAGAAUCUUUUUGCAAUGGCGGAGCCUUUGUUUGGCAAUGGUUUGCAAACUGUAAGGAAAUCAUCCAGCACUCCGGAGUUCCAGGAGCCAGAGACCAACACCAGUUCAUCCAUAUGGUCAGCGAGCAAGUGGAGCAUAAAUACAGAUGCUUUUGCUCUUCCUCUCCCGAUCCCUCGUUUUGACAACAUUCCAAAGCCCAUUGCUGCUUGGAGAAACAAGCCGGCUCGCGACUAAUAAACUGCUACGCGCAUGAUUUUUCCUGAACUCCAGGAGGCCCAGAAAGCGGGAAGUGUUCAUGAAGGAGCUUUACAUUAGGUUGGCACCAGCCUCUACAGCUUUGGAAGCAGAGCAGAGCAGGACUGUAGUAUUGGCCCCUGCUAGCUAGAACAUUCCGAAGAUCAGACGCAUGGCGUCUAUGUUUCCAGACGGCAUCUAGACUAGGUUUACAUGAUUCUCGUGUUAUAUUGGGCAUGUUGCGCCAAGAGUAGCAACGUUAAUAUUCGGUCAUAUAAAUUAUAGAUGCUAGAUGACAUAGAGGAGAUAUAUUUGAGGAGGAUAUAUUUUUUUUCUGUACACAAUGAGAAAAUGUAGAGCAUCAAAGGGCGGUUAUAUAUGUGUUGUAUGUGUGAUUCCAUACCCU